AUGACAGUAAUAUUUCAAACAUUAUCUAUUACAUUCUCGUUCGUAUGUUUAUAUAUCGGACAUGUUCUUGUUUUUGUGUUGAACAUUCAACAAAAUAAUGGAUUCAUUUGUCCUAAGGAUGGUCGAUGGCCUCAUCCAGCUGAUUGUGAAAAAUUCUACACAUGCAAUUCAGGCACUGGUGUCGAAGCAUGGUGCGGGAACGGUAUGACGUAUGAUAUCGAUCAUGGUCGAUGUGAUUUAUCGAAGAAUAUCGAUUGUAAAAAUGGCGAACGACCGAACUGGAUACCACCGUCCGAAUGUAUUUCAAUCUUUUGGAAUCAUUUUCGUGCAACACUCUGUUUGAUUUCAGGGAAAACCGAAAGCGUAACAGAACACACAAUGAUAAAUACCUCACCGAAUUCGAUCGACGACGCAACGAAUCUCGAAAAUCAGUUUCAAAUAACAAUGAGAUUAGCAACGAUCCUGUCGACGAAAAUUAUUCAAAGUCGAAUGCUCGUACCGAGCAACGAUCUGAGCGAAAGCGUUCAUUGUGCAUUCCAAGGAAAUAUGCCCGACCCCGAUGAUUGUCAAUCUUAUCUAACAUGUAAAGACGAGAUUAUAACGCAUUUUCAAUGUCCAGACAAACAUUUGUUUGACGACGAUCUUCAAUCGUGUAACGAUUAUCGAAAGGUUUUCUGUGGAAAUCGACCAAUGAAGAAUCGCGCACAAGAUCUAUGCAUCGGACGGCCGAAUGGUUGGUACGCGAAUUAUGAGAAACACUGCCGUUCAUAUUAUCUAUGCACUGAACAACGUACAAGUAAAAUGAAUGAUUGCCCUACAGGAACAAAAUGGAACCCGAAUCAAUUUCGAUGUGACGAUCCGAAAUAUAUUCUCGCGCCAUGUGGUUAUCGGACUCCCAAUCAUGCCUCUCUAUUAAGUAUUUAA